AUGUCUACUUGCCAAGUUCGGCUCAAUGCUGAGAUCUUCAAACGCGAUGGUCGCACUGUAUUCACUGCCAAAGCCUACAAUGGACGAGUUCUCACAGAGUGGUUGGCACGGACUGCCUUGGCUAAAUACUAUGGCUACACCGAACGGGGUGGGAGAUACCUGGAUGAAGCAGAGCGAGCACCCGUUGUGCAAUCUGGGAUGCGUUUUGUGCAAAGGUAUCUUGAGCUGGCGAAACUUGCCAUCAGGAAUCAAAAGGAUGAGUUCCGAGUGCGCCCAAAAAUUCAUGACGGAAUGAAGUGGCUGAAACGAAACUUAGGUGCGGGAGACGGCACGGCAGCGAUUUGGUCCUCCAAUGGAAUGCGCUUGUGCACCCUGGAGGGGCACAGUGACGUAGUGAAGAGUGUUGACUUUAGUACAUGUGGGCAGAUGGCUGCUAGUGCCUCGGCCGAUGGCACGGCGCGGGUCUGGGCAGUGCCCUCUGGGAAGUUGUUACAAGUCUACAGAGGGCAUAGCAAAGCAAUUAGCUCCGUGAAGUUUGCACCAGAUGGCCAACGGCUCUUGACAUCUUCUGCCUAUGAUGGCACCGCACGGCUUUGGGAUGUGGUCAGUGGCAAUUGUCACUUGGUCAUCCCUGGAGAUGGCAAGGUGGUAAACGAUGCCGUCUUCUCGCCAGAUGGACAGAAGGUGUUGUUGGCUUCCGCUAGUGAGAGCCUUCGCAUUUUCGAUGCAGAGAAUGGUGAGUGUGUCUUGACAUUGACGGGUCAUGACGAUUGGGUUCGCUCUGCAGCGUUUUCGCCUGACGGUACCAUCAUUGGCUCCAGCAGCUAUGAUGGCACCGUCCGCUUGUGGAGUGUCACAGGAAAGUGCCUCAAGGUCUUAGAAGGUCACGAUGGGGCUGUCAUUUCUGUCGCCUUCAUUGAGGGAUAA